AUAUGGUUGAGGUGAACAAAUAAUAAUGUUGAUGAACGAACACCUAGGACAAUGCUGAUUGCCAAGAAACAUUCUCUCUUUUGGCUGGCCUCUCCAAUAUCCGCCGGCUUUAUUUUAUAUGGACGAGGGUUGCGCCUGCAUGGUGGAGAGAUGGCCAGCCAAACCAACCAAAUGUCGGAAACAACAAGUAGCAAUAGACAAAUUUAAUGUGUGUGAAUGAAGUUCGAAACGCGCUAAUAAGCGCAGCUUAAUUGCAUAGCUCAUAUCGUCUCCUAUUAUUUUGCUGGGAAGUGCAAGUUUCGUCGCUUCGGUAUCUUCAUCUUUGCUAAUAAAUUACAACCACCACGUACUGUGAGCUCUCAGGCAAAUUACCAUGGCGGGUGCUCCCGGAGAUAGGUCGCUAGAGCUGACACCAACAUGGGCUGUGGCAGCCGUCUGUGCAGUGUUUGUGAUAAUAUCCAUUCUUAUAGAACACGGGAUUCAUUCUCUUGCCAAGUGGUUCCAGAAACGCCAGAACAAAGCCAUGAGUGAAGCCCUGGAGAAAAUAAAAUCUGAGCUGAUGCUUUUGGGUUUCAUUUCUCUACUUCUAACUGUGGGCACGAGAUUCAUUUCAAAGAUAUGUAUUCCUACUAAUGUUGGAAACACCAUGCUUCCAUGCGAGGCUAAAUCUACAGAGAAAAACGAUGGCUAUGCUAAGAGAAAGUUAUCUUGGUAUGAUGCUGGAGAUGAGACAUGGAGGCGAGUCUUAGCUGCUGGAGAUGGUGCAGAAGAUUAUUGCGCUAAGAAGGGUAAAGUAUCACUGAUUUCGCAGAGUGGAGUGCACCAAUUGCAUAUAUUUAUAUUCGUCCUGGCCGUUUUCCAUGUUCUAUACAGUGUAAUUACCAUUGUACUGGCCAGGGCCAAGCAGAUGAAGAAAUGGAAAUCCUGGGAAUCAGAGACAUCAUCCUUGGAAUAUCAAUUCACAAAUGAUCCAGAAAGAUUCAGGUUUACUCGUCAAACUUCCUUUGUGAGACGUCACUCUGGUUUAUCCAGAAGACCUGGAAUUAGAUGGAUUGUAGCAUUCUUCAGGCAAUUCUUUGGCUCAGUAUCAAAGGUGGACUAUCUGACAAUGCGCAAUGGCUUUAUCAAUGCACAUUUUGCUCCUAACAGUUCAUUUGACUUCCAUAAAUACAUCAAAAGAUCCAUGGAAGAUGAUUUUAAGGUGGUCGUCGGUAUCAGUAUCCCUCUAUGGAUCUUCGCUGUAACCUUUCUGCUGAUAAACGUAUACAAAUGGUACACGCUUGACUGGCUGAUACUGGUUCCAUUCGUGAUACUUCUAUUAGUGGGUACAAAGCUUGAACUUGUAAUCAUGGAAAUGGCUCAAGAAAUCCAAGAUCGAACAACUGUUGUACAAGGAGCUCCAAAGGUGGAACCAAGCAAUAAAUAUUUCUGGUUCAGUCGACCCCACUGGAUUCUCCUGUUAAUACACUACACAUUGUUCCAGAAUGCGUUUCAGAUGGCACUUUUCUUGUGGACGUGGUACGAAUUUGGCCUGAAAUCGUGCUUUCACGAGAACUUCAAAGCGAUUUUGGCAAGGGUCAUCCUGGGAGUCGGCCUUCAGUUCUUAUGCAGUUACAUCACUUUCCCUCUGUAUUCCUUGGUAACACAGAUGGGUUCUCACAUGAAGAAAGCCAUCUUCGAGGAGCAAACAGCCAAGGCCCUGAAAAAAUGGCAUCAGAUAGCAAAGGAGAGAAACAAGAAGAGGAAAGCAGGAAAAGCAAACAGUUCUGAUCCAGGAUCCCUGAGCGGUGGUGAGAACUCAACAAGCAUCGCCUCAUCGCCCAUCCAUUUGCUUGGUAAAUACAAGAACAAAUCCGAUCAACCGGAUGUCGACAUUGAAAGUGUCAUGAAUUCUCCCAUGUCUUACCUGUCCGACACUGAGCACUCAGAGAUUGAAUUAGGCUCUGCCUCCACUCAUAACAACAGGCACAAUAUCGAAGUAGAAGACGAAGAUCUUCGUCUAAGAAGAAACGAUGGGGAACUUCAUGACAGAGAUUUCUCUUUUGUUAAACCUUGAAGACGAAGAAGAAGAAGACUGUCGUUUUGUACAGAAGUUGUCUUCUAACUCCAAAUAUCCAAUAAUUUUAUUGACAUAAUUUAUUUGAUUAUUGUAUGAAACGUGACACGUCAUGCCACACAUCAUCUAGUGGAGGAAAAUGUCAUUCAUGACAUCUCCGGCCAGGUGCAUGAAAAAUUCAAUUAUUUAAAGGGUUGUUUAGACUUGACA